ACAAACAAAUCUCCAGCUACUUCAUCUUCACACAGCGUCAACAAUAACAAACGCGCUUAGAACCAGCUGGUUGUGCCGUUCUCUUGUUCUAUCCAGAUAUCAGCUUAUCUGGAACUGUCACGCGUAUUUACUUUCCUGCCGAGCCCGAGAUCAGGUGCACUUCUACCCCGCCAUGGGUGAAUCAAGACAAGAGCUGCUGGCAUGGUUGAACAACCUGCUGCAGCUCAAUAUCACGAAGAUCGAGCAAUGCGGAACUGGAGCCGCGCUGUGUCAGGUGUUCGAUUCCAUAUACUUGGAUGUCCCCAUGUCGCGCGUCAAGUUCAACGUGAACACCGAGUACGCCUACAUUCAAAACUUCAAGGUCCUCCAGAACGUUUUUCUCCGCCACCAAAUAGACCGCCCCAUCCCCGUUGAGCAGCUCGUCAAGUGCCGGAUGCAGGACAACCUCGAGUUCUUGCAGUGGACCAAGAAGCACUGGGAUCAGUACUACCCGGGUGGUGACUACGACGCUGUCGCUCGCCGUAAAGCCUCCGGUGCUCCCUCGUCGUCUGGUGGCUCUCGUGCUGGCGCGACUUCGGCGGGUGCAGUUAGGCGGGGAACUACCCCGACAACCGGUGUUCGUCGUCCGGGUGCUGUCGGCGGACCGAAUACCGCUGCUCUGCAGCAGGAGAUUGCUCAGCAGAAGGAGGCUAUUGCGGGACUAGAAAAGGAGCGCGACUUCUACUUUGCCAAGCUGAGGGAUAUUGAGGUGCUGUUGCAGACCGCUGUGGAGGCUGACCCUGAGCUGGAGAAGGAGGAAGAUUCGUUGGUGAAGCAUAUCCAAGGGAUUCUGUACUCGACCGAGGAAGGAUUCGAGAUUCCUCCCGAAGCGGAGGAGGCAGCGGGUGAGGAGCUGGAGACCUUCUGAUUUUCCCGGCAACUGUGCAUCACUAUUAAUACCCCGAAUCAUCCGUAUCCCCUUGGCCCUUCACUAACGACAUCCAUUCCGCAUCAUCAUCAUCAUCACAGCUCUCGUUUUGCCCGGCUGCUUCUCU